AUGCAACUCAUGGAUCACGAGGAAUACCCUGAUGACUUGAAUCCAUUUGGUGAUGAUGAUGCUCCUGAAAGCAAUCAAGAUCUGGAAGAAAACAAUUGUGGAACACAAGAGGGAACCAAUGUAACCAAUGGAGUUGUUAUUGAAGCACAUGAUAGGCAAAUUGAGGAUGGUACCACUAUCAAUGUAGUGGCAGUUGCCUUAUCAUCUUUGGUGGUGUCUGACACUACAAACAUUUCAGAUCCAGCUCUAGCUGAGGCUAAUCAUAGUGAUGCUAACAAAGGGUUGUCAGGAGAAACUCAAGAGUCAUCUCUAUUUAAUAGAUCAGCAGAAUAUGAUGACAGCUUGAACCCCUUCAGUGACAGUGAUGAUGGAUAUGAUGCUGAUGAGAGCUCUGUUGUUUCACAAUCAGGUGAUCAAUCCUUGAAUGCUAGUCCCGUUCGCCCUCGCAGAAAAAAAAGAGUUGCUCCUUUACCACCAUCACUCAGAGAGGGACAAAAGUCCACAAGUCCUCCUUCAGUCGUGAAGUCUGCACGCUAUAGACCGGGAAUGCAGGAAGACCAUGGCAAGAAUUCCAGUAAAGGGAUUGAUGAAGAUAAUCAAAGUGAUAUCUCAGGUACAGGAAGUCCCACAAAUACCAUGAAGAUGAAAAAGAAGCCAGCUCCUCCUGCUCCUGUCCCUCCAAAGAGAUCAGUUUCUGAUGAAGCAAGAGUUGACUUAGAGCAAGAUUUAGCUGAUAUCCAUAUCCAUUUGGAGCAGUUGGAACGUCAGCAUGCAUCUGUGAAGGAGGAGCUUGCUCAUCUCCAGGAUAAGUCUUUGGAUAAUGGCAAUAAAGAUGAAGAGGAUGUCAGUAGGAGUGAGAAAACACCAGAAGUGGACCCUUCUGUCAUAUCUGAGAAAAUAAGGCUUGCAGCAGACAUCAAUGAUGAAAUGGAAGAACUGAAGUGGAAAGAGAAGGAAGCACAACUGAUGUUACAGGAGCUUGAUCUUGAAGUAGAGCAGGCAGAACUGGAACACAAGAUUAGAAUAUUUCAAGCCCAAGCAUCACGCCUCCGAACAGAUGCAGAUCGCAAAGAAGAAGAAGAAUGCUUGUCACGCCUGCUGAAUGUUGUAUCCAAGAGGAAUUCCCUCAUAGAAGCAUUAGAAAAAGAGAGAAGCAAAUGCAUGGCUCAUGAUGUCAGUGUAACAUCUGGUGAAGAAGGUCAAACGGGCAAGCGAAGGAAGCACAAGCUGAAGCUGAAAAGUAAAGCUCUUAGAAGGCCAAAAACGUCUCUCCAUAAGAGACAGCUUGGGAGGCUUUUCCUUGCUCCAUACAACAGACAGCUCGGGUUCAACUUCCCUCUUGGAUUUAGAGACAGGCUUGCAUCAAAUUUCUAUUCAUCACUUCUGCGUGUUGGGUCCUGGAACCACCUAGAUGAAGUUAAAUUUGCUCAGGGGCCUCCAGGAGGGAUCUUCAACUUAGAAUUCUCCCCAGAUGGGCAAGUUUUCAAUACUCACCAAAUAUACUCAAAGCAUAGAUGCUGGAGCUUAUAUGUAUCUGUUUCCUGUUGCAGCCGGUAUCUUGUUGCUGCUUGUGAGGGAAAAUGCAUGCUCAUGUUUGAUCCACUCACAAGAAGUCAAAUUGCACAAUUCAAGGAUUGCCACUCUGACUGUGUUAACUGUGUGAAGUUCUUAGAUUCUCGCAUAUUUGCUACCUGUAGUGAUGACACAACAGUGGCCCUAUGGGAUGUCAGAAACCUCAGUAGCAAGCUGCGAACCCUGAAGGCCCACACAAACUGGGUUAAAAAUAUUGAAUAUGAUCAGAAUGAGAAGCUGCUAGUGACAUCUGAUUUGGAUGGGAAUAUUUUUGCAUGGGAUGUGAAUGGUUAUUCAGAAGAUGGGCUUGCUCACGAACGUGUGUUCAAGAUGUCACAUCUUAUGCGUAUGCGUCUCAAUCCAGAUGCAAGCAAAAUGAUCUUAUGUACAAAGGGUGGUUACAUGAUGGUGAUUCACAACCUCAGUCUGCCUCAUAUGGCUACUGAUCUGGUUGGCUUCAAGCCCAAUUUGUAUCGUGUGAUGCAGCUGACAGGACAGUCGUGGAUUCCCAUGGCUUCUGCAUAUUCCCAUCUCUUCAAUGCCAAGAGGAACAGAGUGGAAAUCAUAUCAGAUUUCCCACAUCGGGAUGAUGCAGAAGUGAUAUCCUCACUCCAAGUUCACCCCCAGGGAUGGUGUGUGCUUACUCGCAAUACUUCCUCUGAUGAGCACUCCGAGGUGAAAUACCCCAAGCAGUUUUCUUAUAAGAAAAAACCAGUUCCACGUUUCCUAUCCAGAGAUGAUCCAAGAAGGCAGACUCUUCCUCCUGCCCGUUAUACAUUACAGUUGACAUCCUCUGAACUCUUGGAUGCCCUUUUGGAGUUUCGUAGAUGGGGCUGGGAACAAGGAGCCAGCAAUAGUGAAGGCAGCAAUAAUAGCAAUGAUAGGAGGAACAGUGACAACCCACAGAACAAUGAUCGUGUUCAUUCAAAUGAAGGUGCUGUAGGAGCAGGACCAGGACCAGGACCAUCUUUAGCCAGGAAUGCAUUGAGGCGCCGUGUUGCCUUUGUCAUGCAAACCGGUAAUCGGGUAGAGCCUAGGACUUUGUUGCUGGUAAGGCCACCCCGCAACUUACCACCACAUAGUAACAGUCUCAUGGAUGCAGUGGUGCCACCCAGCUACAAAAUCCAAAAAAAUUUCCCAAGACUUACCCACUUCAUUGAAGAAUCCAAUGUUGGGAAUGGUUUCAUCAAAGAGCUGUGCUUCAGUGCUGAUGGCCGUGUGAUCUUCUCUCCAUUUGGCAAUGGGGUUCGAAUGCUUUCUUUUGGUCCUUCAUGUGAGCAGCUCUGCCAUUGUGUGCCUACCAAACCUACACGCCUCUCGGUUCUCAUGAUGAGCAUAUGUCAUUCCAGCACAGUUGUGAGCACCAAAUUCUCUCCAACUCAUUACCUGUUGGUUUCUGGCUGUUUGGAU